GCGAAGUUGAGGCUGGAAACUGCACCUGGCCGAAAAACGAACUACCAAAACGGCCACGAAGCGUGCAACUAUCGCCCACCAACGAGAAGCCCGCCUUCCGACACUUCAAUCGAAUCCUUGCCUAUACUGUAGAGCGAUACAACUUCUUACUACACGCGCGCAUUUUCCGUAAGGCCGAGAGAUGUCCAGCGAGGAGAAGCGCCCAGAGAAGGGCGAGGGGAAGCCCGAGGAGAAUAUUGACGAGCGCGAUGCGCUCGACAUUCUCGAGUCGGAGACAAAGGAGGCAGAAAAGGAUGCCGAGAUCAAUCGCAUUCUGCAGUCAUUCCGCCUGGACGCAUAUGCCGUUCUUGGCCUGCAACCCGGCGUACCCGAAUCAGACAUCAAGCUGACUUACCGCAAGAAGUCACUGCUGAUACAUCCGGACAAGACCAAGAACCCCUUGGCACCAGACGCGUUCGACCGACUGAAGAAGGCACAGACUGAGCUGAUGGACGAGAAGUACCGGACGCAGCUCGACGAGGCCAUCUCGGACGCGCGCAUGUUGCUGAUGCGCGAGAAGAAGUGGAACGCCGACAGCCCCGAGACCCGCACUGAGGAGUUUAAGAAGCUGUGGCGCGAAAAGACGAAGUUUGUGCUCAUUGAGAACGAGCACCGGCGGCGGCGACAGCUCAAAGGCCAGAUGCAAGAGGAAGGCAGGCAGCAGCGCAAGGAGGACGCGGAGCUCGACGAGCGAAAGCGUAAGAGGCAACACGAGCAGGACUGGGAGGCCACGAGGGACCAGCGCAUCGAUAGCUGGCGCCAGUUCCAAAAGGGAAAGUCGGGCGACUCGGGCAAGAAGAAGAAGAAGCUUAAGCCCAUCGGUUGAGGUCAGCCGGUAUGCUGGAGACGCUGGUGCGAUUCCUGUCCCUUUUUCUGCUGGAGUUUGGUCGGUGCGUAUCCGCCCUCGUCACUGGAGUAUGGUUGCGUGGGAGAUAUGAAAUGUUCGUUUGCCAGAAACUUGGCGGGCUAUGAGUCGGCGUCCGGUCCGUCCGGUCCGUCACAGAGAAGCUGUUUUGCAAAGAUUUGUUGCGAUCGGUACAGUCAAGCACGUGGAUCCUGAUAUGUCCCGCCAAGACCUGACAAUGCUUUUCGUGCCUCUAGUUCGGAGGGGUGAUCCUCCAAAGCCCCCAGCAGUUAUCUAAAGGAAGAUAUCGAGCCGCUCGGGGCAAGAGAAUACCUGUAUAGAGGGGGUAUACAACGAGCAGCGCCCAUGCGUGCGCCUCACUGUCGGCAGCCAUCCAGACAGGGAAGAUCUUAGUAGACGCAUAGGUAAGUUGCAAGUAGGCAGGCAUCUUCGCUUGCCCUCUUGGGAAAGAAAGGGAACAGGAAACGAAACAGACAAGUGGAUACGUGGCUUUGCGUGCAUUCUCGCCGCCCCUGGCGUGGCUCUGAAGGAAUCACUGCUGAGACCGCCUUUCUACUGUUGAUGCACUGCUGGAGGCACGUCCCGAAUAUCCGAUGUCUUUUUUUCUUUUUUUUUCUCACCAGCAUGCCCUGGCAGUCGGCCUUGUAAUCUCGCGUGUGGACCGCCUCUGUUCAGAUGUGGGAUGACGUCGGAUGGAAACGAUGCCAGCGGGUUGUGGAUUCGGUUUGCCUUGCAGGUUAUUUGUUUUUCCCGAGUGCUGAGGCACCCGCAGCAGCAGAGGCCGUAGCCCUCCCAGUCCGUGCCAUCCCGUCUGGUGCUUGUCAGCCCGCUCGGUGUCCGGACAUUUCGCGCGCAACCCUCCUUGUGUGCCAAGGCCGA